GAGGAGGAGGAGGAGCUGGUAGCACCACCCCCACCCCCGCCACCGUUGCCCCCACCUGCUUCUCCGGCGGCCUGGCCGAGCCGGGCAGUGAGGGUCGCACGCUGGCGGAGUGGCGUCUGCGUCUGUCGUACCUGGUGUUCGAAACCCUGGGUCGGCUGCGGCUGGGGCAGAUGUUCGACAUCGUGGUUGACUACCCGGACAGCCUGCCCGCCAUACGGGACCUGGCGGCCUGCCUCAGACACACAAACCUGCAGUCCCUGUUCGUGUCCUCCUUCCGCCGCUCGCUGCAGCAGCGGCUGCUCCACGCGGGCGCCUCCGCCACCGGCAUCAUCCACCAGUACGUGGCAACCAUACGAACCAUGAGGGAGAUCGACCCGUCGGGCUGUCUGCUGCACGCGGUGGCCGCCCCCCUGCGCGCCUACCUGCGCCGCCGCUCCGACACCAUCCGCUGCCUGGUGGGGCUGGUCACGCAGGACG